GCACGCGAACGGCAGUCGACGGCGGUGCGCGACGGCCGGCGGAGAGUGGUGGGGGGAGCGGACCGACCGACCGACCGACCGACCGACUGGAGUCGCAAUCGGGACCGAUCGAGAAUGCUCGCGGCUGGCUGCUGCCGCCGCGCGAGAGAGCGAACGGGCGAUGGCGAGUAGCGAUGGUGGUGCUGGGUGACGGUGGUGACGACCGCCGCGGAUUUUUUUUUACCGAUGGCUCUGUCCGAGGUGCAUAAUCUGGCCGCGAUUAUCGGCAGCAAUGCUUUCGCCGCUGGCAAGAAUAACGAGGCCGAGCGUGGUGUCAAUAUGCUGGAAGUACCGCGGAAGGUUUACUCUAGGGACGUGCACGGCGUGGAGUACAAUCACUGGGGCUAUGACUUAGCCGGCUGCGGCGCAAAAAGAAACAUGAACGUCGAAGACGAGGAUGGUCAAGAUUUAAACAACCCCAUGGUCAACGACUUGGUAUCCAAGAUUCUCGACGAGGACUCUAUUACCAUUGACACCUGUUACAACAGCUACAACAGCGGGGGCGCGCGUCACUAUCAGACGGCGGACCUGGGCAAUUCCUGCUCCAGCCAUGUCGCGGACAGUCUGGACGCCUGCCUGACCGACGUCGACCACCUGGUCGCUCGCUAUCCGCUGUCCAGCAAGCUGCACAAUAUUUAUAACAACGCCAAGAGCGAGUACCAUCAUUCCAACAAUCUCUGCAACGACCUGAAGACGCUGAGCCUCGGCGCGUGCGUGCGGCAGUCCGCGGAGCAGAGCAAUAUGUGCGGCAGCGACGUCGCGUCGAGCGGCGCGUAUUCGUCCGAUCCGCGGGCGCCGCACGGCUCGCACUCCAACGACAUGUACACGAGCGGCAGCGGCAUGCCGUUGUGCAACGACCUGCUGACUACCACGAGCGGGGCGAGUUACGGCGGUAAGCAGCCCGGCAGCUGGACGACGGAGCCCAUGCUCGCCCCCUCGAUGGGAUGCCGCGCCGAGCUGAGCGGCAAUUACUCGCGGCUCGCCGCCAGUUGCGCCAAGCCGGAUCUCAAUUUCAACGUGACCGCGUUAACCCUGGCGCUCGACUCCCCGAAUCCCGUUCCCAUCGGCGAGCUCGAGUACCACAACGGCAUGCGGCAGAGCGUGCCGUCCGGCUCGUACGGCGGCGCGAUGAUGAACGUGCACGACGUGUACGGCAACUCUAGCCAGGGCCCCGGCUACAGGCCCAACUCGGCGAUGACCGACCUCAGCGUCGAUUCCGGCUUCCUGUCCAACUCGCCGCUGCAGCACUUCUCGCCCGCCGACACCGCCCUGCACACCUGCUUCGGCAGCGGCAUGCAGCGCAACGGCAUCGGCGACUUCAAGGACGUUCACGACAGGCUCAACAUGACGAGCAUCGGCAUAUCCAGCGAGCAGAUACAGUUCUUGCAGUCGCAGCCCCGUAGCUACAAACUGGAUCAAGCUGUGGACCAAGAUUACAAAAACCUGAUCGACUAUUAUCCCCCUGGUACCAACAACUUUGUCGCGUCCUCGGCGAGUAAUCUGGACACGAACGAGAACGUUUGCUUCCCCAGCGACUGUAGGAUCGACAACAGCCUGCUGAAGAUGAUCAAUCCGAAGUCCAAGUCCGUCGAGAGCAAGACGUACUCGCCGAUAGGAUUCCCCAAGAAUCUGAGCUCGCGCAACUUGUACCAGCCGGUCGCCAAGUACGGCUGUCACAAUUAUCAACAGUACACUGCCAACAGUGGCGACGCUCUCAAGAUACUGCAGCAAAAUUCGGCGUUCUAUCACAACGACUUAAAGCAGCCUAAGGUCAACGCGUACAAGCUGGACGGGUUCGACCUGACGAAGGAGAUCGCGUUCCCCUCGGGAAGCCACCUGACCGAUCGCAUCGCGGCCUCCACCCUGGACAAGGACGCCUUCAGUCACAUUUUGAAACAACGACACCAUAUAUCCAAGAUACAGAGCAUUCCGCCCGGGAUCCCGCCCCCCGAUAUCAUCUUCAACUCGGGCAUGAUGUCGGGCACGAGCGCCGUGCGAUCGGGCGCGUACCCGUCGGUGAUGCCGGUCCACGUUCCCGUGCCGGUCCAUCCCGUGCCGCGACUCUUCUCCGCGCUCUACGGCGGAAACUUGAGUUUCAGAAACGGCAGCGGCGCGGCCCGCAAGACCGGCCCCUCGAGUAUACUGCAUUUCAAUCUCGAGCAAACGUACGAGCAGUUCAAGCAGUUGGAGAAGGAGCGCAAGAAGUGCGAGGCUGGAUUGGCCGCGCAUUUCCCGGGCAAGCGGGUGACCAGCGCGAAUAACAUACCCAUCCCGCGUCUACAGGGAAACCCGUCGAGGGUGGAUCGCCUGAUAAUCGACUACUUGAGGGAACACGCGCGCGUCAUUACGUUGAUAGCGAAGAUGGAACGCUUACGUGGGACCACGAUGAACCAGCGUGUGCACAAAGCCAUGGAAUAUUGGCUGGAAGCUAUCAAGUACGUUCAAGAGUGCCGCAAGCAAGAGAUCACGAAUGCCAUCAAGCGUCAGAAGGAGAAUCCACAUUGCAUUUUAGCGUACGACGACAAUGAUAUUCUGACCCUGGCUGGAAGCGUCCACGAAUUGACAAAGGCGUCGCGGUACGCGCGGACCGGUAUGUAUAAUGCGCUUCAGGCUACACUACUUUAUGACUUGGCCGUAGAGAAGAAAGUCGUCGAGACUUGCAAGGAUCCAGUCCUAGAGGCGAAAGCCCACAGCGAAAGUCAAACGAAAGACGGAACCAACGAUUACACAAGCAAUACCUAGCAAACUUGCGCUGAAUCCACUUGGUAUCGCUCAUCUUAAAAGUAACUAAAUCGAAGAGAGUCCAGCAGCUUUUUACUUACGUACAGUAAUUACGUUUUUGAAAAGCUUUUGCUGGUGUAUUACGAUUAAUUUUACUGUUGAAACAAAAUGCCGCCCAUUAAAUUCAAAACUUUCACUCGCGAUACACGAGGUAAUACAUUACGAAUGAACUAAAUGCGUAAAAAAAAAAAACGGACAUUUGGAAACGCGUGCGACUUUUUACAGGUUAUUAAUAACUCCAUAGUUUUCUACCGUACGUAUUUUAAUGCUUACGACAGUGUAACCGACUUAGCUUUUCGAGAACACCGAUUUAGAUACGAGAGUUUCGCUCAACUGCCUAUCCUUUAUCGGUUUAUCUCUGUCGUGUGUCAAACAGAAAGAAAUAUCGCUUUUUUCCCUCGACGCCAAAUGGAAAUAAACCGAGAGCAGUGUCGAUCGUGUUUGAACCGGUGAACGGCCGCUAGCUUCGAAAAAUCGUUGACGACUCGUAACUCGCAACAAGAACGAGAUUGCUCAGAUGUAUUACAUCCUUUAGAAUUAUGAUAGAAAGACGCCGUUCUUUGUACAAUUACUCGUUUAUAUACGUAUCCUAAGUUAAACGAGGUAUAGAUAGGCAGAGAACGCCGAUGUACUCGUUCAAGAUGUUCGGCAGUAACUCGUUAGAUUAGCUCAAUGUGGCCUUCCUUGAAUGUGUGACCCAUAAUGUGGUAGUAGAUGUUCCAGGAUUUGAAUAUUUCGCCAAGUGUAAGUGCGAUAUUUCAUCGCAUGCAACACGAGCUUAUAUAUAUAUACUUACAGCUUAUAUAUAUAUGUUAUAUAUAUAAGCUUUAAUAUAUAUACAUAUAUAUAUGUAUAUUAAAAUGUUGUUUAUAUAUAGUACUAAUGUCAGACUUUUCACUACUGGUAUCGCUCCGGAUGUAUUCUCACUUUACGAAUACGGGGAAAAAAAACAAGAGAUACAUAUACGACACGCACAUACGCCAAGUAAUCAUCUACAUUACAUCUACAGGUAUACGCACAACGACAUACGAGCUACACCCGCACAUGAAACUCUUGCACAGUACAUACGUAAAUGUGUAUACGCGCGUAUACGUGAGACACACGUGCGCACGUAUACGCGGUAUUACUUUAUGUCGUUGCUGUGUGUUAUGCUGUUCCUGCUUCACGAAUCACUUAUUGUUAUCUCUGUAUCAGACGUAAUCAUCGCCGCGAGCGGAGCGACAGACAUAUCGCGAUGAAAUCGCGAACGAAUGCGCCGGUCGCGUACUUGUAGCCAAUGCUAAUUAGUACCUAAAGUUUCUAUUAUCUGGCAUUUAAUUGUAACCGAGAGAG